AUGUCCGAGGAAGAGUUUGGUAGCAAUUCUGUUGGUAACGCCGGUCGUUCUUCAAUUGCCUGCUACGACAUCACAGCAUUCUAUCGCGGUGUCAGCGCCCAUGCCUCCGCUAGUCCCUGGGAGGGAGUCAAUGCGCUUGACGCUCUAGUCACGGGCUAUAACAGCAUAUCAAUGCUGCGCCAGCAAAUGAGGCCUGAUGAACGCGUUCACGGUGCAAUUCUGGAGGCACCCACCGUUACCAAUGCAAUCCCGGAGAUCACGCGCGUUAAGUACUCGAUUCGCAGCCGGACUAUGGAGGGGGCACGGGCGUUGGGAGACCGCGUAAGAAAGUGUCUAGUGGCAGGUGCCAUUGCCACCGGAUGUACAGUGGAGCUGGAUGAAACCCAAAUGUAUGCCGAUUUGGUUGUGAACGCGCCAUUGUGUGAAAGUUUUCAGGAAUCGGUUGGCGAGCAAGGAGCACGGCUAUCGGCCCACGACGAUGUUCUGAUGCCGGGGUCCACCGACCAAGGAAACGUCUCACAGCUAAUCCCCGCGUUACAUGGUCUCAUUGGGAUCCCGGUAAGCGAUGGUGCUAAGAACCAUACCCGGCAGUUCACGGCGGCAGCUGGUACGAGUGUUGCUCAUGAUAGAAUGAUCAUGGCUGGAAAAGCCAUGGCCAUGACAGGCUGGAAGCUUAUUGUGGAUGAGAAGCUGUACGGCAAUGUACGCAAUGCUUUUACCGAGGCGAGAGGGGGAAAGUAG